GCUUGCUUGAUACUGUAUUUCAUCAGUAGGUGGUUUUCCUGUCACGCUCGUGUGGGAACUUUCAUUCCCAACUAAAGGAAACACAUUAAGUCUGGAAGAGAUUUUGUUGGGCAGUUAUUAUACCCUGCUGGGAAGUCAGAGGACUCUGGGCAUCUGGCUGGUCGCAGUCUGGGGACGACUCUUUGUACUGGCAGUGUUGCUGAAGCUUGCUAAGAACCACCAGAAGGAAGCAGACUGCCCUACUACUUGGUGACAUGAUGUUGGCUGCCCGUCUCAGACCCCUGUCGCAGCUCCCAGGAAAAACUCUAAGUGUCUGUGACAGAAACAAUGUGACAAGACACACGCUCUUGUUUUACCCAGACUCCUUCACGGCAACCACCCGUCGGACUUAUGCCAGUGAGGCAAAUGAGGCGAGCGGCAAAGCUGUCCUCAUCACAGGCUGUGACUCCGGAUUUGGGUUCUCUUUGGCCAAACAUCUACACUCAAAAGGUUUCCUUGUAUUUGCUGGCUGCUUAAUGAAGGACAAAGGUGAUGCUGGGGUCAAGGAGCUGGACAGCUUAAAGAGUGACCGCCUGAGAACCGUCCAGCUCAAUGUCUGCAACAGCGAAGAGAUAGAGAAAGCAGUGGAGACCAUCCGCUCCAGCCUGAAGGACCCUGAGAAGGGAAUGUGGGGCCUGGUUAACAAUGCAGGCAUUUCAACAUUUGGGGAGGUGGAGUUCACCAGCAUGGAGACGUAUAAGGAGGUGGCAGAAGUGAACCUCUGGGGCACGGUACGCACGACAAAAUCCUUCCUCCCCCUUCUCCGGAGAGCCAAAGGCCGUGUCGUUAAUAUCAGCAGCAUGCUGGGCCGCAUGGCCAACCCAGCCCGCUCGCCAUACUGCAUCACCAAGUUCGGGGUAGAGGCUUUCUCUGACUGCCUGCGCUAUGAGAUGCAUCCUUUGGGCGUGAAGGUCAGUGUGGUGGAGCCCGGCAAUUUCAUCGCGGCCACCAGUCUGUAUAGCCCUGAGCGUAUCCAGGCCAUCGCCAAGAAGAUGUGGGACGAGCUUCCCGAGGUCGUCCGCAAAGAUUACGGCAAGAAGUACUUUGAUGAGAAGAUCGCCAAGAUGGAGACCUACUGCAACAGCGGCUCCACAGACACCUCCUCUGUCAUCGACGCUGUCACACACGCCCUGACUGCCGCCACCCCCUACACCCGCUACCACCCCAUGGACUACUACUGGUGGCUGCGAAUGCAGAUCAUGACACACUUGCCGGGAGCCAUCUCUGACAAGAUCUACAUCCACUGAAGAGGCUCCUGUGUCCUCUGCCUCGGGAUCUGGUGGGAGGGGGAAGGCUGAGGGGAGGGAGUUCAUACGGUUACCACGGUCGUAGGAAGACUUAUCUUAGCAUUAACCUUACUUGUUCACGUGGUGGUAGGCCUUCACAGAUGUGGGGGUCACAGGUGGGUGACCCUAAGCCUCAAGGCCAACAUGGUGCUUCUAUCUAGUUCAAGUUGAUUUUAUACAAAGAUUUGUGGGAAAUAUCUUUCUAUUAAAAACAGAUUAUUAGA